AUGCCGAGUGGCUCCUCUGGGUGCACAAAGACAGCGGCUCGCAGAGGAACUUGUUCAGAGCGAGCCAGGGACGCUGGGAGGCGAAAUCAACAACCACCCGGGUCCAAGUUAGCCACGAUCGCGCAGUUUCUCUCCAGAAACACGCUCCCCCACCGCCAAGCCGACAGAUUCAAGGUGUAUGCUGGUAGUGAACGUGCGGUUCUGCAGGCCAGUCUUGGCAACAUGGUGAAGACCCAGAAGUCACCUGGGAGGAAGACUUCUCAGUGUCUCCGCAGACAGGGUGGUGGUCGGACAGAGAUGGAGAAAGGCCAACCCAGUUUGGACUCUCAGCCUUCUCCACAGGGACAGCCCAGAGGAGAAGAUCAGAUCCAUCCCCAAACGUCUGCUUUACCUGGACUCCCGUCAGAGAGCUUGGAUUAUAAAGAAACUCCAGAAGACGCUCAGAGUACGAGUGAUUCUGCCGACCAUCUCCAAGCCAAGUCUCUGUGGAGGCCCAUUCCCCCUCUGCUGCCUGAGCCCCAAAGGGACCCCACCUCUGAGAGCAGGGACCAGAGCUGCCAGACCGAGGAGACGUUUCCACCGACCACUGCCUACAACUAUAGUCAUAACCCAGGUUUUUGUGGGGAGCCUGGUGAUCCUCCCCUGCUCCAGCAGCCUCUGCAGACCUCCAAGUCCGGGAUUCAGCAGAUAAUUGAAUGCUUCCGAUCAGGCACCAGCCAGCUGAAACGCAUGCUGCUAAGAGAAGUUGACACCAUCUUUGAGUGUAAGCUAUGUCGCAGUCUGUUCAGAGGCCUCCCAAACCUCAUCACACACAAGGAGUACUACUGCUUAUCACGGCUGCCUGAUUGUGACGGUUCUUCGGGUGAUGACAAACAGGGUGUAGCCAUGAAGGAUUUGUUGGAUGCUAUUUAUCCCAGAGUCCCGGAGUAUGUGGUCCGACUUGAGCCCAUUCAGACCACCACAAAGGCAGUCUUCCAGUACCUCACCACAGAGGAGGAUCUGACCAGAUAUCCAUCACACACAACCAGUGCCAGAGAGAGUCCGGUAGCUUGGGAGGGAGAAGCAGAGGAGAACGUGGAGAACAGUCAGCCCAACCAGCCGAGUGGGUCAGAGAGCCACAACAGCCCAGGACACAGGAGGUGGGAGGCCGACGAGGAACCCAAAGAGGAGCAGCCACAGCCUGAAGACGAGGGGUCCAACAGUGGGGUUGAAGAUGUGACGAUCUCCUGUUGUCUUUGUGGUCAAGACUUCAACUCGCGUCGCAGCAUCAGGCGUCACUGCCGCAAAAUGCACCAGACGAAACUGGAGGAGCUCCGAAAGUUCACAGAGACGCGCACCGUUCCAACAAGUCUGCUCUCCAUGGUGAAAGGUCGGACUCGGACUCUCAGCACACCGACUGGAAAAUCCUGCCCAGUGUGCCUCAAAACCUUUGCCACCAAAGCCAACGUGCGCCGCCACUUUGACGAGGUGCACCGCGGUCUGCGGAGGGACACCAUCACCCCCAGCAUCGCCUCGCGGCCCGGCCAGCCUUUCACACUGGAAGUCACUCCUCCGAGGAGCAAGAGCAAUAGUUCGUCUCCAACACGUGGCAACAACGCCAAGCCCACGCCCGUGAACUCUAAAACGAACACUCCAAACCAAAACCAAGGAAAACCGCCGAGUCAGCCUUCGGCCCCGUCUUCACCGGCCAACACAGCCUCGUGCCGCUGCACGCUCUGCAAGAGGAACUACAGCUCUCAGCUUAUGUUGAAGAGACACAUGCGUAUUGUCCACAAGAUCUACAGCAUCAAAGGUAACAAGUCUGCUGCCACGCCCACCCCCGCUGUCACGGUAACUACCUCCAACAGCAGCACCACUAACUCGAGCAUCAGCAACAACAUCAAAGUGAAGGAGGAGGCAGUAGAGCACUCGGAUGAAGAUGAUGAAGAUAAGGACGUUGAUAGUAGUCCUGCCCCGUCCCCCUGUGACAUCAGCGUGGCAGCUAAAGGAGUUUCACACAAUGCUGUGAAGGUGAAGGAGGAGGAAGCCCCUUCAAGCCCAAAGAUAGCGCCAUCCUUACCUUCAUCAUCUUCCCGUGCAGGCAACGUGUGCAGCGGGAACAUGGCCGCCAAAAUGACCAAACUGUCGGUGGGCUUCGACUUCAAGCAGCUCUUCUGCAAACUGUGCAAGCGUCAGUUCAGCUCCCGUCAGAACUUGACGAAGCACAUCGAGCUGCACACCGACGGCAACGACAUCUUCAUCAAGUUCUACCGCUGCCCGCUCUGUCGCUACGAGUCGCGCCGCAAGCGAGACGUCCUGCGCCACGUGACCGUCGUUCACAAGAAGUCGUCCGCCUACCUAGCAAAGAUCAUGCCCAAGCUCGAAAGCCGGGCGGUGAAGAGGCUCGCCGAGGCGGUCCUCAGCAGCACGAGCAAGAGGACCGGCAGCAACGUCAAAGAGGAAGUGAACGGCCGCCACGCUUCAUCGUCCUCCUCCUCCUCUCCCUCACCUCCUGUCACCCGCAGACAAGAGUGCUCCACGCCUGCCCCGACCUCCUCUUCUUCGCCCUCCUCCUCUGCUCCGACUCCUGCCCCCGUCACUCGAAAGCAGCAGGAGCUGUCGUCCCCAGCCUCCGCUCCAUCCCCUCCGCUCACACGCAAACAGGAGAGGCAGCAGACAGCGCAGCGUCCCGUCAGCCCCCCGCUGACCCGCCGCAGCGAGAAACACUCACAAACCCGCAACUCGUCCUCCACCGUCUCGUCCAGCAACCAGACCCCUCACACCCGGAGACACGAUGUCCAGUCAGAGAGCAGCACCGGGACGUCGUCCACCGAAGUCAGAGUGACAAAGAAUUUCUCCCUCCAUGCCUGUGACCAGUGUGGACGGGCUUUUGCCAAGAAGUUGUACUUGGAGACUCACAAGCGAAGCCAUCGAAACGCGGUGACGGCAGCAGCCAGCAGGAGAAAAGGAGUCAGCACCCGCUCCAAAUCCCUGGUCUGGUGAAUCAGCCAGUAUUUACAAACUGCCACAAAUGAAGGACAGCGAGCGGCCAACAAAUCAAAACUGUCAACUGGAAAAAUAAUCAAAUCAGACAUGAAGGAAAACAAAAAGGAGCU